CGGACCAGCAGCAGCCCGGGCGGCUGGUUUCUGAGUGGGUGGGCGGGUUUGUGAGCCCGUUUUGGGAGGCGGAGCGGCCGCAGGGUCGGUCGGUCGGUCGGUCGGUCGGACGUCCUUCGGGCUCCCCUCUCCCUCACACUCAGUCAGGAGAGACACAAGUUAGCAAAGUGUGACGCGGACACUUUGUGGAAGACUUUAACUCUUAAAACUACUUUAAACAAACGUUUAUUUUAUUUUUAUUUUACCAAACGACAGAAGGAAGAAGCGCGACUCCUGGUGGGCCACCUGAUCCAGGGAGAGGGAUUUAUUUUCCUUCCACAUUCCUGAUGGAGUCCUACAGAGGGACUGGGAUCCCUAACAGUGGACCACAGCGGGCCUACUCCCAGCAGUCCCGAGCUUCCAGGUCCCAAAAUAAUGGUGCUGGUUCAUAUGGUCUCAGCAUUCGAGUCCAGGGCAUAGACGGACACCCAUAUGUAGUUCUCAACAACCAGGACAGGGCAGCUCAGUCCUAUGUUGAACCUAACAGCAAUGGAUACAUUGACACAGAAGGCUCCUUCAUUGAGAACUACCAGGAAUAUGAUUUCAGAGGAGACAAAGAAGUUGUAACCAAUGACCCCUUUAUAGAGUACAGAACGCAGAAGGGGAUCCAUUAUCCUGGACCUCAGAAUGGUGUUUCUGAAUCACAAGGAAAGAAACCAUCUACGCUUUUAAAUUUUCAGAAGCACCCCGAGCUUCUACAGCCAUACGAUCCAGAGACCAAUGCCUUAAACCUUGAAAGUUUCCACAGCCUCCCUUCAAAGCCUCUGCCUCUGCCUCUGCCUCUGCCUCUGCCUCAGCCUCAGCCUGAGACUGGGAGCAAAAACCAGAAUUACUCCUCCAAAUCUGCUGUACAGGUCUCCAGGUCCACUGUACAAAUCUCCAGCCGUGGUAGAUCAUCAAGCUUAGACCGGAAUAAAGUUCCUGCGCAACAAGAGAAAAGGCAACCAUCACCACUACGUCGAAGGCCAGCUGACACUGAUGCAUCUCUUCCUAAGCAGAAAUCACUGCCUCAAUCUCAGUUGGCUCAGCCUCAGACAAGGUCACAAUCACAACAGGGUCAACCACAGUUUAAACCUUAUCUCACAAGUUUAAAUCCAACUCCGUCCAAACCACCGUCUAAAACUCCACCAGUGCCUGCAGCCCAGCCCCAGCCUUCCACCGUGUCAAGUACCUCAGCUGAGCAGAGUAAGACCCCCACUUCAAUGAGCAGCACCAACUCCAGCCUCGAGCRAACCCGCCAUGAACCUGACAUUCUUUCCCUACGUCGUUCUGACUCCAGUGAGCCAGUUCUGCAGCCCUCCUCCCGCACUCGCCAUCCCUCGUUAUCUUCCACAAAUAAGGCUUCAAUGGAUGAACAAAUGGACUCUCUGUAUGCAGACACCAUAAACCGCCAUGAGAAUCGUCGCUACAUUCCCUUUAAGCCUGGAUCAGGCAGAGACAUUGACACUGGCUCCGGUCCUGGCAUUGAUGAGCUCAUUGACAAGUUUGAUGGUAAAAACGGCAGUAGUCAGCGCAGAGGAAGAGCAGGGCGAAGAAACAGGAUUAAUCCAGAGGACAGAAAACGCUCCCGCAGCGUGGAUAGUGCCCUUGGCCUGAGAAACAACUCGAGCUACAUGGAUGAGGUCGAUCAAUAUCGAGGCACGUCAAUGGAGCACGUCCUACUGCCGUCACAGUUGCGUAUGCAGAAGACGGCCAGCGGUCUGAACUCCUGGUCUACGGUUGUUGAUGGUAAGGCAGGGCCUUCAGUUCGCACCAUCAGUGCACCAGGAUCCCCUCAAAGCACCAUCACUAAGAGUUAUGGCUCCAUACAAGGCUACAAAAAGCCACAGACUCGCCCCUCUUUGCCGUCUUUUAAGAGUAACGAGAGUGAGAAAAUACCUUCUUCAGCUGUGAAGGUUUCAACAUCACUGUCAACGUCUCUGUCCAAAUCCUCUUCCCCCGCAGACAAAACGUCCAGUCCUGAGGCAGACGUUCAGGCGACACCUGAUCUCCUCAGAGGUCAGCAGGAGCUUUCACAACAAACAAACGAAGAGACCGCGAAGCAGAUCCUCUUCAAUUACCUCAAAGAUGGGAGCAACGAUAACGACGAAACGACGAAGAAAAAGGUCAACCUUGUGUUCGAGAAGAUACAGACGCUGAAGUCUAGAGCCACAGCGACCGCACAAAGCGACAACAAAUCAYUGGACCUCGCUGCCCAGACCAAAGAACUUCAGGAACAAAAUGCUGAACUGGAAAAAGAGAUCUUGGAACUGAGGAGACAGCUGGACGAACAAAUAACGAAGAGUCAGGCUGAYAAAAGGACAGCAGCCGGGUUGAAGGAGCUACAGCAGGAGCUACAGCGGAGCCUGGAUGAAUGCAGACGUUUGAAAGAAAAACUGACAAAGACAGAAGUCGACCUCCAGACCACAGUGGAGGAGCUUUUCCAGGUGAAGAUGGAGAGGGAGCAGUACCAGACAGAGAUCAGAGACAUGCAGGAUCAGCUGUCAGAGAUGCACGAUGAGCUGGACUCAGCCAAGAGGUCUGCUGCUGAUGAAGAGAAAGACAUCUUAAUGGCGGACAUGAUGCAACUGAAGGUGGAGAUGCAGGAAGUUCUCCUGGCUAAGGAGGAACAAGAGGAGUUGCUGAGGAGGCGAGAAAGGGAGCUGGCAGCUCUUAAAGGAGCCUUGAAGGAGGAAGUAUCUGCUCAUGAUCAAGAGGUGGACAAGAUGAAGGAGCAGUAUGAGAAGGAAAUUAGAAGGCUGCAGACAUCUGUGGAGGACGCCAAGCAGAGCAGCGCAGCGGUGGUUCGGGAAAAGGCUGAAGUGGAGGCAGCCAAGGGCGCAGCGGAGGGCCAAGCAGGGCGGCUGACCCAAGAAAUAGAGCGGCUGCGCAGGCGGACGAACGAGCUGGAGAAUGAGGUGGCCAAACUCAACCGGAUCAUCGACGAAGCCAAGCUACAGGAGAGCAGGCUGGGAGACAAAGUCGGCCGAUUGGAGAGGGAGAAAAAGCAACUGGAAGAGUCUUUGGGGGAAAUUAAGGAGGAAGAGGAGGAGAUGUCACGUGCCAACCGGGCGUUGACUCUCCGUCUGGAGGAUGUGCAGAGGAACUUUGCCAAACUGAGCAGUCAACACAAGGAGCUGGAGGAGAGGUUACAAGAAGAGAAGACUCAGAAGGAGCAGUUCAAAACCAUGAAGAACAGCAUCGAGGAAGAGAGGAGGCUGCUGGACCGAACGGUGGAAAAACUUCAGAAGGAGAUGAACGAUAUCGUUGAGGCGUCUCAGACGUCCACUCGGGAGCUGCAGGAGCAGAUUGAUAUUUAUAAAGAGAAGAACCGACGGGAGCUCACGGAGCUCCAGAGGCUCCUGAAGGAGCGAGGACAGGAACUGGAGGAGUUUGUGAAGACCACCAAAACUCUGCAAGGAGAGCUCUCACWGCAGGAGCAGGACCUGCGGCAGUGUCAGAGGGAAAGAGACGACGCUCUUCUCCAGGAGAAGACUCUGGAGAAAAAGGUCCAAGAGCUGGAGAUGGAGAUGGAGAAAACCAGUCAGAACAAAGAUGACAAAUCCCGACAAAUGAAGCUACUGGAGGACAGGAUUGCUCAGCUGGAGCUGGACCUUGAGGAGGAGCGUCAAACAGGAGACCAGUUGAUGGACAGGGUGGACCGAGGGAGGGAGCAGGUGGAGCAGAUGAGGAAUGAACUCCUGCAGGAGAGAGCGAGCAGACAGGACCUGGAGUGUGACAAGACGGCUCUGGAGAGACAGAAUAAAGAUCUGAAGUCCAGAGUGUCUUAUCUCGAAGGUUCCCACAAGUCCAAUAAGGAGGGCCAGGUAUCCCAGCUGGAGACUCGCAUACAGGAGCUGGAGGAGCGGCUGGAGGGCGAGGAACGAGAGCGGGCCAACCUGCAGCUGGCCAACCGCAGGCUGGAGAGAAAAGUGAAGGAUAUGAUGAUGCAAGUUGAAGAAGAACAUCAUGUGAUGCAAGACCAGAAGGACCAAUUGAACCUUCGUCUGAAAGCCUUAAAGAGGCAGGUGGACGAGGCUGAGGAGGAGAUCGACCGACUGGAGCACAACAAGAAGAAGCUGCAGAGAGACCUGGACGAGCAGCUGGAGGCCAACGAGCAGCUCCAGAGCCAGCUCAAAGCUCUGCGGAACGACAUCCGGCGUAAGAGCUCCUCCGCUCCGCUGCUCACCAACCUGGACGACGAUGACGACGACGACGAGGACAUCGGCACCGACAGAGAGAUGUACUUCAGCUCAUCCAUGGGGUUCAAGCGCUCCUCGAGUCAAGACAACAACCUGUCGACUUUAGCUCUAUGAAAAACUGGAAUAAAGUUUUUUGUUUGUUUGUUUGUUUGUUUUGUCACAGUUGGACCAAAUGUCUGGAUGUUUAUUUGUU